AGUCGAAAACCCGACGAUCAGAUCCAACGCGGCCUCUCCCCUCGCGCGUCGUGGCCCCCAUGGAAAGUCCCUGACGACGUCAGUGACGACGUCGGCGACGGCCAUCUUUGAGUCCGCCGUCGCGCACAUAUACGUGAAAUUCCGCGUGGACUCUCGUCACCGUCGACGGGACAGAGCGAAAGAGAGGGAGAAAGGGAGAGAGAGAAAGAGGGAGGGAGAAAGAGAGAGAGUGAAAGUUAAGAAAGAGGGACAGAGCAUAGGCCCGGUGGAAGAGGAAGAGCGAAAGAGAAGAAGAGAGAACGGUGCACGUCGUUAGGCGGCUCGGCUAUCGCGCGGGCGGGCUGCCAGCAGAGCUAGUGUGCAGUGUGUGUGGUCUGUGUGGUCGACGACCGUGAGUAGGGACUUCGCAGGAUCUCGCGGCUAUGUUCACGGGGUUCACGGCGCGGAUCAGCGAGUAGCCCCUCCGCCUCCACGGCCCGAGACGACGUCGCGCACUGUAACGUACGUACCCGAGUCUUCGUCGGCGCGAUAUCGCCAGCGCGCGCUCGCCUACGCUCGGUCCCGAUCUCGCGGGGGAGCGAGUUCGAGAGGAGUACCGGUGUGGCGUUCCCGAGUACCCCGAGUGCACGCACCAGCGGCGGCAGGAGGGGGCGCACGGCUCGCUCUCCGUCUCUCUCUGUCCCUCUCGCUCGCGAGACCGUCGUCCAGCACGCCGAGAGGUCGACUCGGAAGGAAAAAGCGAGGAUCCGCUCGGCGCCCCGUUUCCGCUUCUCGGUACCCUGUCCGCGAGGGAAGCUGCGGCCUCCGAUGUAAACACCGAAGGGGACACGACGACGAGGAUAGCAGAGUUCGUGUUUUGUACUCGUCUGUGUUUGGUUUUCAUUGUGAAGCUUGUGGCAUAAAUUCGAAACUCUCGAGCCGAGAUGAAUGCCUCAGAACAUGGGUAACGCAUACAAUCAUACAAUCUCAUGCAUGUACUUAGAUUAAUGCUGUUGAAUCGACACGGACAGAGAUGACAGUGAGAGAAAUAUCCGUUGUAGUCAUCUUCAUCUCUGAUAUCGCCGACAUCGUACCUGUCAGUUUUCAAAUUCAUGUGUUUUAUUUCCUAAGAAUGAGCGGAUGAACCUUGUACAGAGGUACAACUUUCUCACUUUAGUUUUACACUGUGUAUCUUGAGAUAUGUAUAAAAUCUUAAGACAGAGAUACGAGAUACGUGGAAAAUAUCAUCAUCGAACGCAAGUGUCAUUGCAUGAUGAGAGAGAUUCCGCGAGGCAGGAGGCGUUUUUUAUGCUUCUAAACCAGCAUGGGUGUGACUUUUUCAGGUUUAACCCGGCCUUUAACAUGGCCUCCAUAAAGCAAGCUUUCAAUGAGGCGGUAGAGAGAGUCUCAACAGUUAGGAUGCCUGCACCUACGCGGUUGAGGGAUCUGAUUAGACAAAUACGAGCUGCGCGAACUGCGGCGGAAGAGAGAACAGUCGUCAACAAGGAGUGCGCGUACAUUCGCUCGACGUUCAGGGAAGAGGACAGCGUGUGGAGAUGUCGUAACAUUGCAAAGUUACUGUACAUCCAUAUGCUGGGAUACCCGGCGCACUUCGGCCAAUUGGAAUGCUUAAAGCUCAUCGCUUCGCCGAGAUUCACGGACAAGCGAAUCGGUUACCUGGGAGCCAUGUUAUUAUUGGACGAACGGCAGGACGUGCAUCUGUUGAUCACGAAUUGUUUAAAAAAUGACCUGAACAGUUCCACGCAAUUCGUCAUCGGUCUGGCGCUGUGCACCUUGGGCGCGAUCGCGUCCCCGGAGAUGGCGAGGGACCUGGCUGCCGAGGUCGAGAGACUGAUGAAGUCGCCGAACGCGUACAUACGGAAGAAAGCGGCGCUCUGCGCCUUUCGGAUCAUCAGGCGCGUGCCGGAGCUGAUGGAGAUGUUCCUGCCGGCGACUCGCAGCUUAAUCACCGAGAAGAACCACGGGGUCCUCAUCACCGGUGUCACCCUCAUCACGGAGAUGUGCGAGAACAGCGUUGACACGUUGAAUCACUUCAAAAAGAUCGUGCCAAAUCUCGUAAGAAUCUUGAAGAAUCUGAUCCUAGCCGGAUACUCGCCCGAGCACGACGUGUCCGGAGUGUCCGAUCCGUUUCUCCAGGUGAAGAUACUGCGUCUGCUGCGCAUCCUGGGACGCAACGACGUCGACGCGUCCGAGGCCAUGAACGACAUUCUCGCUCAAGUCGCGACCAACACGGAAACCAGCAAAAAUGUCGGCAACACGAUACUGUACGAGACGGUUCUCUCCAUCAUGGACAUCAAGUCGGAGAGCGGACUGCGGGUUUUGGCGGUCAACAUACUCGGCAGAUUUUUACUGAAUAACGAUAAGAACAUCAGAUACGUCGCCUUGAACACGUUGCUGAAGACGGUUUACGUGGACACGAGCGCGGUGCAGAGGCAUCGAUCGACGAUUCUGGAGUGUCUGAAGGAUCCUGAUGUAUCGAUCAGAAGGCGCGCGAUGGAGCUGAGUUUCGCGCUGGUGAAUUUCAGCAACAUCAGGAACAUGAUGAAGGAACUGCUGUUGUUCUUGGAGCGAGCGGAUCCGGAAUUUAAGGCUCAAUGCAGCAGCAACAUCGUGAUGUCCGCGGAGAGAUUCGCGCCCAACAAGCGUUGGCAUCUCGAGACGCUGUUCAAAGUGCUCGUCGCGGCUGGCAAUUACGUGCGAGACGACGUGGUGGCGUGCACGAUACAGCUGAUCUCGGAGACGCAGACUCAACAGGGCUACGCUGUGAGCGCGUUGUGGCGGGCGUUAGAGAAGGAUACCUCCGACAAACAGCCGUUGGCGCAAGUGGCCACAUGGUGCAUCGGCGAGUACGGCGAUAUGCUGCUGUACGGCCCGCCAUCAGAGGAGGCCGAAACUCCGAUCAAUCUGACGGAGGAUGAAGUAAUCGAUGUUUAUCAGAGGUUGCUCUGGAAUCCGCAGAACACUGUGGUCACGAAACAGUACACCUUACUGUCCCUCACGAAAUUGAGCACGAGGUUCCAGAAAGGUCACGAGAAAAUUCGUCAGAUCAUUGAUACGUUUGGUAGCAAUUUGCAUAUCGAAUUACAGCAGAGAGGAAUCGAGUUCUCGCAGUUAUUCCGGAAGUAUGAUCACCUGCGGCCCGCGUUGCUCGAGAGAAUGCCGCCGAUGGAAACCGCGCGACCGCAGGCAAACGGUAUUAUAGGCAUGGUGAACGGCGAGCCGGAACCGGAAGAUGAAAAGUCUACGAUAAUCGAACCAGCCACGACCACAUCCGAUUCAAGUGCACUUUUAGACUUACUUGGAACUACGGACGUGGGAGUGACGAUGCCGGCAACGACUAAUAAAAAUCCCUCGCCGGGCUCGACCGCGGUGGCGCAUAAUAAUGACCUGUUGGACUUGCUCGGAAGUUUGGAUUUGAACACACCCACGUCCGCGCCCACGCUACCGCCACAACCGCAGGCGACUACGCCGAUAUUCAGUCCCACUAACACCAGCAGCAGCUUCCUGGUGGAUGGAUUGCUCAGCACCCCGUCGUCGGUUCCAAACGAUGCACCGAGCAUGGUCGUCUUGGACAAGUCGGGGCUCAAAAUAACGUUCAAAUUAGAAAGACCGCCCGAUAUUCCCGAUUUGUUGGUCAUAAAUAUGUUGGCUCAAAACUCCGGAAGCAUCGUUCUUACCGACUUUCUCUUUCAAGCAGCAGUUCCUAGGACAUUCCAACUACAAAUGUUACCGCCCUCGAGUACCGUCAUUCCGCCGUCUGGUCAAGUAACUCAAGUGCUGAGAGUCACGAACAUGAACAGAGCACAAUUAAGAAUGAGAUUACGUAUAUCGUAUACAGGCCCGGCCGGACCAGUUCUGGAACAAACGGAAGUGAAUAAUUUCCCCGUCUCGACAUCACAGUGACAAGAUGUAAUACAAAAAACAUUUGUACAUAUGCCUGCCUAAAAUAAUUAAUCGAGUCUAAAGACAGACUGAGAAAAGGAAAAGAAAAAAAAAAGAAAAGAAAAACACACGCAAUGGCGGCGUCUCUCCGUCGUGAGGAACAGUGAAACAUACUUGGCAAAUGGAUAUAUCUCUAACAACACAAACGUUUUCAAUUAAUUAAGCAACUGAACCCUUGCAUAUGCAGCGUGGACGAGACGUGGUCGAAACUUCGUGAGGGACUCUGGGCUCGAGACGGGAUGGCGAAAUGCGCGAUUUCAUUUUCGCACGUUCGAUUGCCACGCGUGUGGCUCAUUCAACGGUUCGCAGGAAUGAAUAUUUCCCAAGGAAAGGUAUCAAUAAUUAUAAUUCUCUCGGCGCGCGUGCGUGUAUAUGCGAGAGCUGUCGCGGAGUCUUUCGUGAUUUUGCUCGCGUGUCAUUGCCGUCAUUAUCGUUUUCGCAUCACUUUAUUACGUGGGAGAAGGACGAGAGGACGUGUAAGUGCUUCUCGUACAUGGUGUGCCGCGUAUGUGUGUGUGUGUGUGUGUGUGUGUGUGUGUGUGUGUGUGUGUGUGUGCGUGCGUGCGUGCGUGCGUGUGUGAGAGAGAGUGGGAGAGGAAGAGAGAAGAAAGAUGUAAAUAUUUUUUCUAAACUAAAACACGCGGAGGUGUUGAAGAAAUAUUGUAUUCGGUCGCAUUCCCGUCGUUUUACGGCUACUAAUUUAGCGCGUAAUUUCUCACGUAGGCUAAAAAAAAAGUGAAAUAGGAAACGGAGAUAUAGAGAACAAAUAAGACGAGACAGGUACAUAUAUAAAUAUACACACAUACACAUACACACAUGCCACUUGAGAGAAACACACCGAUUCAGGAAGGGAGGAGGAGUGUUCCGUCACCGAAAGUGCUGUCGCGCUGCCCCAAGUUAUCGACGAGAAGGCGCUUAACUCUCGCUGUAACAAAUCGAUCUUUUUCUACUACACAUUUGUAAGUAAGACGCCGGACGACGCGAUCGUUCUGUAAAUAAUUAUUAGAUAAUCGCAAUGACUCUGUAGAAGUGUGAGGAAAUUCUUACCACGGGGGACAAAAAGAGAUAACACGGAAAUACGAAACGCGGAUUCUUUCUAAUAUAUGUACACGCAAUAGAGAACCAUCGAUUCAAUAACGAGUUAACAUCUACGAUUUCUUUUCGUCUUCGAAAGAUAUAUCAUUCUUUUUUGUAAAGGGGGAAUAUAUACAGGGUGGUUUGAAAGCCCGAAAAUGGCCAAUUAUCUCAGAAGAAAAUCGGUUUUAGGAAAAAAAUAUUCCGGACAAACUUGCAGCGUUCAAAAAAUUACACUAUGUGGCAAUGCUUCGUGAUCUUAAAAUGAUAAAAUAAAUGGUGCCCCCACUUUUUAUUACCUAUUUUGAUAACUGACAUCGUGGUCUUUAAAAAAUACUAUAAUAAUGUCCAAUUUGGGUCUUUAGUUCAGAAACUAGAAGAAUUAAAUAUUGACGUGUCAUCGACAUCAGUAUUGCCCGAUGGGAAUCACGGAGGAAUUUUCUUGGAUCAUACAAAGAGUCGAUUGUGUGAUUGUCUCCUUUCGGAGCCAUAUGAUGGGCAAAGUCUGACCAAGCAGAUCACUAUUUAAAUCUUCUAACUUCUGAAUUUAAAGAUGAAAAUUGGACAUUAUCAUAGAAUUUUGUAAAACUCUCGACGUCAUUUAUAAAAAUCUUUAAUAAGAAGUUCCUAUUUAAGUUUUUUUUUAGGUCAUCUUGACGGGUUAUUCCAAGGUGUGUCAAAGUCACAGAGACGUUGCUGUCUAAUAGACUUUUUCGAACAUUGCAAGUUUUGUCUCAAACUUUUUUCCACGAAAUCAUUUCGGAGAUAAUUAGCCGUUUUCCGGACUUUUAAAGCAUCCUGUAUAACACACACACACACGCACGCACACAUACAAAAUACUCUUAUACAGACGCCUACGAUGCAUAAGUGUGUUACGUGCGUAGCAAUUCACACAGUUUCGAACGUAUUCGGAGUACAGAGUAACAUUGGAGGGCUGAAUUCUGAUUGUCAUGUUAUCUGUCGCGCGUAUGUAUGUAUGUAUGUUGGACUCGCCGCAUCCGAGUUUUAUCGCGAGAGACCGGGGCUAUCUCGUUGUCGAUAUUAUUUCAACGAAGUCUUGCAGAACUGCGUCAGAACAAUAUCUAACGAUCUGCGAGACGCGUGCAAUCGCGUCGAUAGUGUUCUCUCCUGGCUCGAUUCGAUAUUUUUAUCAAGUUAAUUCUAUAAUACGAAACAAUCGCGACGUUGUGAGCGGGUGAAUGCAAACAGUGACACACACACUUAAGUAAUAUUCUCGUCUGGUCGAAAGAUUGUAACGCAAAGCGGGUGGGGAACGAGAUUCUCGGUGUUUCAGAAUUGAUUUUAUCGCGCGAACUCCGCAACCAGGUCAUGCCAGUUUGUACACACACAGAGGUCAAGAGAACGUACAGAAAAGUCAAGGAGUAAUUGUACAUGCGUUGGAAAGCGAAAAACACACACAGUCGGCUCUACUUCUGAAGUUAUUCCGUGUUCAAACCGAGGAGAAGGCCCUCGAGUUGCGCGCCGGUCAUUCACGCAGAAUUGAUCGCUGAAUAACUUGGUGUGCGCGCGUUCGUUGGUUUCUCGCCGUCUAAUUUUAGAAUUUUCAUUUUAACGCUCGAUUCGAAUCACACUCGCAGCGUGUCGCUGUGAGCGACGUCGCUUGUACAUGUAUAUAUGUCCGGGAGAAGAGAGAAAUGUUCGAAUGUAACUCGCUCAUACUUAACAUCAUGUUCACAUACGAUUUUAUAUAUAAAUAUAAGUAAAUAGAUAUACGUGUAUAUUUAUAUGUAAAAUCGUGGUAUAUAUAUAUAUAUAUAUAUAUAUACUUUGUCGGAUUUUUACGCGAAAGCGUCUGUGACAAGGGACAAAUGUGAGUUCUAUAUAGAUAUACAAUUUAGAAAGAAUAGCGUGCCGGGAGCAAUAGUUGGCGAACCGUUUCCAGAUAUCUAUUUUCUCUAGAUUUUCCUACGAAUUAGGUUAAAAAAAAAAGAACGGAACACGCUGAUUGUACUUAAUUAUUUAAUUCGCUCCGUGAUGUGACAGCAUUAUAGCGAUUAUACUUGUAAGUGUAGAUGUGUAUAUAUAUAUAUAUAUAUAUAUAUACACACACACACACACAUAUAUAUAUAUAUAUAUAUAUAUAUAUAUAUAUAUAAAUAAUCAUAAAGGUUCUCUCAUUUUUAGAGCGUCGAUCUGGCACCUUUUUUUCCAAUUCAUACGUCGUACGUUUCCUUCUAAUUUUUUAACCGAAAAAAAAAAACAUUUUUAUACAACUUCUCAGAGGUUUGCGAUUAGGUUUACGAUUGAGUACGCAAUUCUACGCAUUUUAGCUCCGUCCCUGAAUACGUUGUUGUGCGAGAUGCGAGAGAAAAAGAGAGAGAACGAAAAUGCGAGGCGUAGGAGUUAUAUUAGAACAGGUGGGUGCGUUUCUGAGUGGCCUUGUCCUAAAGUCUGUGACACAGCGCGUCAGCCCUUCAGUGGGUGUUUGCUCUGCCUACUUGUUCUGAAUAUUAUAUAUUAGUUUUAUAAACAUACCUAUAAAUAUAUAUAUAUAUACAUACACGAGGAUAUUGAUUAAUGAUAAAAAUGCUGUAUAUAUACUUUCUAGCGAAUCGAGGUGUGAAAAUAAAAUGUAUUUUUAUUCCAUUA